AUGGCUCUUCUCGUAGACAAACAUCGCCCGCGCUCUCUGGAAACAUUGACGUACCACCAUGAUCUGUCUGAACGCCUACGAUCACUGGCGCAAAGCGGAGACUUCCCCCAUCUUCUGAUCUAUGGACCUUCAGGAGCCGGCAAAAAGACAAGAAUCACAGCCACUCUUCGCGCACUCUAUGGUCCUGGUGUGGAAAAGAUAAAGAUCGACAGUCGAGUCUUCCAGACAACGAGCAACCGCAAGCUCGAGUUCAACAUCGUCUCAUCCAACUACCAUCUCGAGAUAACACCUAGCGAUGUGGGCAACUAUGACCGUGUUGUCGUACAAGACCUUCUCAAGGAGGUUGCUCAGACGCAGCAAGUCGAUGUGGCAGCCAAGCAGCGCUUCAAGGUUGUCGUCAUCAACGAGGCCGACCAUCUCACCAGAGACGCUCAAGCUGCCCUGAGAAGAACAAUGGAGAAAUACAGUCCCAAUCUGCGCUUGAUCCUUCUGGCCAACAGUACGAGCAAUAUCAUUGCUCCUAUUCGAAGUCGUACCUUGCUCGUCAGAGUCGCUGCACCCACCGAAGACGAGAUCUGCACAGUCCUGGCCCAGGUCGGAAAGAAGGAGGGUUACACACGUUGUGAGGGUCUCGAAAAGAGAAUCGCCAAGGAGAGCUAUCGCAACCUGCGUCGUGCUCUGCUCAUGUUUGAGGCUGUUCAUGCUCAAAACGACCAAGUCACCGAGAAGACGCUGAUCCCACCUCCUGAUUGGGAGGCUCUGAUCGCCCAAGUUGCCGACGAAAUUCUUGCCGAGCGCAGCCCUGCCCGCAUCCUGCAAGUCAGGGCCAAGCUCUAUGAUCUCCUUACUCAUUGCAUUCCAGCUAGUACCAUUCUGAAGACCCUGACCUUCAAAUUGAUACCAAAGAUUGACGACGCUCUCAAGACCGAAAUCAUCAAAUGGUCGGCUUUCUACGAGCACCGUAUCCAGAUGGGCACAAAAUACAUCUUCCACCUGGAAGCCUUUGUUGCCAAGGUCAUGCGCAUCGUCGAAAGUCACCUCAUGGGCAUGGACUUCGAUGACUGA